AUAAAUUGAGAGUUGCUUCCUAGAAAGCUCGCUGCGGUGCGUCUCUCGCAAAUCAUAACUCUGUCGUCUGCAAACCCUAAAUCUCUCCUUCUCACCCUUGCUCUCUCCAGAAAUGGCGUCGUUUGCUGAAGCACCACCCGGUGAUGCAAAGGCCGGGGAGAAGAUCUUCAGGACGAAGUGCGCUCAGUGCCACACUGUCGAUAAAGGCGCCGGUCACAAGCAGGGACCCAAUCUGAAUGGCCUUUUCGGGAGGCAGUCUGGUACAACUCCUGGAUACUCCUAUUCUGCUGCUAACAAAAACAUGGCUGUGAAUUGGGAGGAAAAGACAUUGUAUGAUUACUUGCUGAACCCCAAGAAGUACAUCCCCGGUACCAAGAUGGUGUUCCCUGGAUUGAAGAAGCCACAAGAUCGUGCUGACCUCAUUGCAUAUUUGAAGCAAUCUACUGCAUAAGCAGUUUUUCAUUUUACUAGUUCCACCUUUUCCAUUUUGCAGUAAUUGGAGGUCCCUUCAAACAAGGCGGAUAGUACUUCUCUAUUUUGUUGCCAAUAAAUUGGACCGUCUAGGUCUGCAAUUCUUGUUUGCAUGUCGAGCUUGCUUUUGCCUUUCUAGGAAGAGGUUGCUGUAAUUGGCAAACGUAAAUUCAAUUCAAUUUAGUUUCUGUGACUAGAUUUCAUGAAUUUGGUGAUAUACCAUUUUUACAAAUGAUAAAUUUACUGCUACGUUAUUGUAUGUAGCAACUUAAAAUUAUGGGUUUUAAACAUUUUUCUGGUGAUUUGUGCAGUGAAAUUUUAUGUUUUGAUUGCUCUGGUGAUGCUUGUAAAUUGCAUCAGUGAAUAAAUGGUCCAUUUUUCAC